CUUUAGCCGAGUAUGAGCGGCGUUUUCGCGUUUGUCGCUCGAGUUCCAUUCACGAAAACGACCUGUUCGAACAACCACCCCCUCGUGUGCCUGUCGGAGGAAGGGUUAAGGCGUGCUUGAGCCACUUGUGUCGGGUUGAAGUCGGAUUAAACGCGAGAAAUCGAGAGACAAGAAGGUCGAACGGCGGAUACAGGCGUGUCUCUUCCGUACGGUUGCUCGAUUUCACGUACCUCGACUGUCAGUAAGGGUACCUGGAAGAGGAUAAGGGGUAGCAGAGCCUGGAAUAGUUCAUUUUGGGUUAACGUACCACCGAUUGAUAUUUUUCUUUUCUUCUGUAAAUCGCUGAUCGUUUUCUUCGAGUGGAAAGGAGAAAGAGAUGCUGUAGCGUGAACACCGUGGUAAACGGGUCGUUAUUACGCGUGUAUGGUGGAUUAUGCGUGAUCGUAGAAACGAGGAAGUGAGGUAAAAGUGUUUUUUCGGGGCAAAAGCGGGCCGGCGAGCGAGGGGGCUCCGGGACUCGAGCAACAGGAAAAUAUCAGCUCGAUGCCGGAGGCGUCAGGGUCAGAAGUGGCCGAUGAGUCGGAUUAUUCGAUUUUCGAGAAUAAGACCGGCUUGGCCGAGGACAUGAAGUUUCUGGCUAGUAUGCCGGAACUAUGCGACGUGACCUUCCUCGUCGGUGAAACAAAAGAGCCCAUUUGCGCUGUGAAGGCUGUUUUAGCAGCCAGAAGUAGGGUGUUUCAAAAGAUGUUUUACCAAGCACCCAGUCCACAGCGUAAAAAGGAACCACCGCCGAAGGAAAACAAGAUCCGACUAUUCCUGAAAAGAAGCUCGGAGCCACUGCUGAAUCUGCAAAACGCGGCGCAACAGCGGUCAGGGUUCGCGCAGCAGUUGGCUCCCAUACAAGAGCCGAAUCAACAUCAGACCGUAAUCAUCGAGGAAUUCGAGCCCGACGUGUUUCGUCAGCUGAUCGAGUAUAUUCAUACUGGAUGUGUGACGUUACAACCUAGAACUUUAUUAGGAUUGAUGAAUGCCGCCGAUUAUUAUGGAUUAGAACAACUGAGAAAAGCUUGCACUGGAUUCGUACAAUGUUGUAUAACAGUGGACACUGUGUGCGCUUUAUUAGCGUCGGCAGAACGAUACAUUCAGUACAAGUGUACGAAAUCCUUGGUCCAUAAGGUAUUCGAAUUCGUCGACGAACAUGGCAACGAAGUGUUGAAUUUAGGAUCCUUCACGCUACUUCCCCAACAUGUGGUUCGCUUGAUCCUGGCAAGAGAAGAGUUACGAGCCGAUGAAUUCACCAAGUUUCAAGCGGCCUUGAUGUGGAGUAAGAAGUAUUGCGACAGCAAUCAAAAUCAAGAUUUGAAAGACGUGAUUGGCAAUUUCCUCGAGUACAUUCAGUUCCAUAAGAUCCCUGCGAACGUGCUAAUGAGAGAAGUUCAUCCUCUGGACUUGGUGCCUUCGAGGAUCAUAGUGAACGCGUUGGCCUAUCAGGCAGACCCGGCAAGCGUCGAUCCCGGACACCUGUCCCCCCACAGAGUAAAGCACCAGGACCGUAGUUUGUCGGUGCAGUCAUCUCUACAGGACCAAUUCGGCAGCAACACAUCGCUAAGCUCGACUGGGUCUGACGAGGGGUCCGACGAGAAGCAGCAUUCAGGUAAAUACGGCAUAGCAGAGCAGGAGAUAAGGGAGCAGGAACGAUGGCCGAAGCAUCGCUCUUCCGAAGAGGAGGAUAUACAGCGGUUGAUCGAGCAACGCAGUCAGUAUCAAUCGAUGAGGCAAGAGGAUACGCUGCAACGACAGCACGAUGAACAGCUGAUCAGGAAGCAGGAGGAGGAGCUAAGGAGACAGGAGAUGCAGGAAGAGUUCGAGAGGAGGCAGAAAGAACUGCAGAAGAAGAAGAAGCAGGAGGAGGAGUUGAAAAAGCAAAAAGAGCAGGAGAAGCUGAAGAAGCAGCAGGAACAGGAGGAGCCGAAGAAGGAGGGAAAGCAGGAACAGAAAGGACUGAAGAGAGAACAGGAAGAAGAGUUGAAGAAGACAGUAAAAGAAGUCGAGGAUGUGACGAAGAAGCAAAAAGAGGAAGAGGUUAAUCGACAGAGUCUAGAAGAAAAGAAGCAGGAGGAAGAAUUGAAGAAGCAGGAGGAAGAAUUGAAGAAGCAGGAGGGAGAAUUGAAGAAGCAGGAGGAAGAAUUGAAGAAGCAGGAGGAAUUUAAAAAGGAGGAGGCUUCGAAGGAAGGAAAACGAGAAGCAGAUUUGGAGAAGAAGCAAGAAGAGGAGAAGGAGAAGAAGGAACAGCUGCUGGAAGUUCAGAAAGAAGAUGAAGAGAAGCAGAAACAUCGAGAGGAUAAACAAGAAUUACGACAACCGGAAGAAUCGCAGAGCGAAGGAAAGAUUGAAGAAGAAAACGAAUCAGAGGAACCAAGCCUAUCGAAUCAGGAAAAAUCACAGCAACAAUUGGAAGAAGAGGAAAGAAUAAGAAGGGAGCAGGAGUUACUAAAGCAGCAGAAGGAAAAGGAACAACGAAGAAUUCGCGAGGAUAGAAAACUGCAACUACAGUUGCAGGAACUGAAAACUCAAUGGGCAUCGGAGGAAUUAACAAUAUACAAGCAGGAAGAAGCCUUGCAACGACAGAUAGAGAACCUGAGAUACGAGGAGCAAUGGGAGAGUCGACAAUUCCAGCAGAUGCAGUUGUAUUUGGAAGGUCGGAAGCCUGAGGCGGAAAAGAAACCAGAAAGGCGGCAAACAACGGAACGAAAGAAGGCGGAAAAGAGGAAAGACGAAAGAGUAGAGAUUAGGGUACACGGGGCGGAAUCCCCUAAACAGGAAGACCCUGCCGUGACUGGUUUCUACAUAAAGUUAGUAGUGAGGCAGGAAGGCAGGGCGAAUUUGGUUUGGUUGUUCAAAACGCACAAAUUUUAAAUGGUUCUCGUUUCUCGUUAUCCUCUACUCUGGUUUUAUACACUGUUGACAUUUUAUAUAAUAAUUAACAAAUUAAUUUUCUCGCUGGAAGAGAAUCGUUUCAGAGUAUGACUAUUCCUAUUGUUUGAGUUGUCUCGCCAGAGAUUUCUAUAUGACGAAUCGUUGUGUUUUGCGAGGAACAUUCUUAGUACAUUAAUGUUUUUUAUCGUUGGAACCGUAUUCAGGUAUUUAUGAUAAACGCGGAGACGUUCACUCAUGGUGGUUGUUAAUAAAACCGAAUCUCCAUCUACAGUCAGUCAGUAAAAAAUCCACCUCUGUAAAUGAUUGUAGACGAGGUACGUGCUCAUUAAAGUGAUUUAAUAGGUCAUACUAUACUACUACGAUAAUCUUACGAUUAUUUUAAGGAUACUCUUAAUUUGCGUAGUCUGUGGGUUGUAAUUGAACGCGAAGAGUUAUUUCGGUAACACACUGCUCAAGAUGAUUAGAAAAUUGCGUACACGAAUCUAUUUAUUCCUAACGAAAUUUGAUUAUUUUCCAUGCUAAGUACACGGUAUCCUUUUACAUUUUCAACGAUUGAUUUAUUCGAAAAAAUUAUUCGAGGAACCGGCGAAGUAAUUCUCCGAUUGCUUCGAGCAGUAUAUCAGCAUCAAAACGCAAAAUGUUAUCGAUACUGAUUUUGAGAGUGUUAUUUUACAACUGACAUCUUAACGACUACUUAUAUACGAUAAUUUACACGCGUUGCCUGCCUGUGAAUUCCCAACCAUUUCUUCGAUCUAAUCAUUAUCAAUUAUAUGGUGUCACGCGACGGCGGAGAACACGACUUUCGUCGACAUCAAUCAAUUCUCGCUUUCCCAUUAAACCACUACUUCAUGAUACUAUACUUAUUGCUCCGUCGACUUUUCUACUAUUCUCGUAUUAUUAUUAUGGCGAUCUACUAUCGCAGAUCGAAAAGGUCUACCCGAUUUUUUACCAAGCAUCUCGAACAUUCAUUCGAUCACUGCACGAAGAAGAGGAAGUAGAAGAUCUGUACCGUUUAUUAUGAAAGAGAUUUUAACGUUCGUACGAAAUGAAAAAUAAAGUAUGCACAGUACUAGUAUGAGCAGCUAAUGAGAAAAUUAAGAAGUAUCUAUGUAGACGUUAUUGUUGAACUCUUUUACAAGGAAAAGACUACAAAUUAUAUACAUAUACAUAUAUAUAUAAACACAAGAGAAUAUAUAUACACGAUAUCUAUAUUUGACACUAUAUUAAAAAAAAAAAAAGAAAAACAAUUGAUAUCGCUUAUGGGCGAGGUGUUCGAGAGCUGUGGUCGACGACUUGACAAUGAUAAAUCAUUUCAUAAAUUGUUACUAGAAUCUUACAAUUAGUUCUAUGCUUCGGACUUUUAAAAUGAAUGUUUGAAAUGUGAAAAUGAACGUUUCUAAAAAUGAAUCUUGACAAUGAUGUACCCUCGAACGAAAAUCGACGUUGUUUCGAUGAAAAUUGUCGAUUUUUAUUUGCCACGAUCUCUUAUUUUUCUACUUCAACAUUUUCAUACGACUUACUUACUUACUAUACCCUGAAUAAUAUAAUUUCGCUCGCAUGGAAAUGUAAUUCUGCUGUUACGUUACAGCCGCUUUUUAUCACGAUUACGAUUGACAAUGAUAAAAAAGUGCAGUACGGUUAAUAUACAACAAUUUUACACGGGUGUGAAGCUGUAUAAUCGUGCUGCUGACUCGCAUCCACUUGCGUGCUUGCAACGAAAAAUUGUUUAUGAAACUGUGAAUACACAAAGUAGUAGUAAGUAAUGUUUAACGUGCAACAGGAGGAAAAGUGUUUUCGACGAUAAUUUCGAAUCGUUCAAUUCGGCUAAAUAUUUAUAACGCGCUUUUAAUCUCGAAAGCAUUGCUGAUUUAAUAUUUUCUAUUCCAUUGCCACGCUAUCAUAACUUUUUAUAUUUUAUACAACAAUCAGUGAUUGUGCUUUUCUUCGGUUCUCGAAAUUCUUUAUAAUUUCGAUUAUAGAAGGUAGUAAUAAGUAAUACGAUAAAAUAACAAAUUUCCAAUUGAAUUUGCCAAAAAUUUGUCAGAGC